AUGUCAAUGGUCUUUUACACAUCUACUACCACGCCGCUCUAUUCCUUAGCCUGGCAGCCCACUAGCACAGCAUCCUACGCCGGUACCUGCAUCUUUUUGAUCAUUUUCACCGUCAUCUUCCGCCUUCUUCUGGCCGGCAAAACGAUUCUGGAGCGGCGCUGGCUGGACAAAGCGCUCGAGCGUCGUUACAUCAGCGUUGCAGGGGCGCUAUCAGAAGCCGAUAAGAUCGAAGGAAGCAGCGAUCAUGAAUAUGGAACGCUUCUUUCACCAAAUGGGCUAGAGCAAAGGGUCAAAGUCGUAACUAAUGGCGCCAGGCCAAUCUUGCCAUGGAGAUUGAGUGUGGAUCUGCCGAGAGCCGCAUAUGUGACUGUUACCGCAGGGGUGGGCUAUCUCAUAAUGCUGGCCAUCAUGACCGAGAAUGUCGGCUAUUUCAUGUCUGUUCUUGGAGGUGUCUUCCUUGGGGAAUUGGUAGUGGGCAGACUUUUGGAAUUCUUGGUAGUGAACAUGUUACCCUAUCUAAGCUGUCUUGAGGCUCACGUAGCCUUUGGCGAGAAAGUCGCUCACACAAAUGACGAUCAACGACGACGGCGGACGUCGGUAUCGCAAUAG